AUGCCUUCUAAACGACACGCGGCCUCAACUACCUCCGCACCCUCGCCCUCUACAACCGCAACUCUCUCCUCUGGCCCUUCAACUCUGAAGACCAAUGCCUCCGUGACCGAUAUCGGAUGCCAUGUUUGGGAACAAUACAUUGCCACAACAUCGCAACGGACAAAACUUCUGGAUGCUUUCAUGGCCUUCCUAGUUCUCGUCGGUGGGAUCCAGUUCGUUUACUGCGUGCUGGCUGGCAACUACCCCUUCAAUGCGUUCUUGAGUGGCUUCAGCGCUGCCGUCGGCCAAUUCGUGCUCACUGCCAGUCUUCGCAUGCAAACCAGCGAUAGCGGUUCCGGAUCAUUGAGCAAGCCCAGCUCCAAGGGAAAGAAUGCACGGUUUGCCGACGAAGAGAAAGAGGAAGAAGUAACCGGGAUUUCGCACGAAAGAGCUUUUGCGGAUUACAUCUUUGGCAGCCUGAUUCUUCACUUCUUCUGCAUCAACUUCAUUAACUAA